CGGGGAGUUCAAAUUCACGCGCGCUCCUUGAGACUAAGGCUGCUGCGUUCUGAUUCGUCGCCGCUCAGGCGCUUCCUAGAGCCUGCGCUGGGAUUGGCUUCCCGCUAGUCCUUGCCCCGCCCUCUGGCGAGGUGGGCUCCAAGAUUCUCCCGCCCUUGAGAGGCAAAGCUGCUCAGGGGGAGGGGGGUGGGGAAGAGAAGGAAGCCACACCUCCUGAAAUCCUGCAACAACUGGCUUCAGACGGCUGCCCUGUGAAAGUGCAUUCUGGGAAUUGUAGUUUGUGGAUCAGCGGACCGCGAAGUCAAAUUCUGAGGCAGUUUGAGGACUAAAGAUGGCCCCGGCGGGACGGCGUUGUGACGCGACCGCACGUCCGCCGGAAGUGUGCUGAGGAGAGCCUGGAAGCCGGCUCCCCCUCGCGCCGGUGGUCUCUCGAGCCUCGCGUUUUGAGCAGGGGUCGCCGCUCUUCUACCAGGAUCAUGGUGUUCUACUUCACCAGCAGCAGUGUUAAUUCAUCUACUUACACUAUUUACAUGGGAAAGGAUAAAUAUGAAAAUGAAGAUCUGAUAAAGUAUGGCUGGCCUGAAGAUAUUUGGUUCCAUGUGGACAAACUCUCUUCGGCUCAUGUGUACCUACGAUUACAAAAGGGAGAGAAGAUAGAAGACAUUCCAAAGGAGGUUCUGAUGGACUGUGCCCACCUUGUGAAGGCCAAUAGCAUUCAAGGCUGCAAGAUGAACAAUGUUAAUGUGGUUUACACGCCAUGGUCUAACCUGAAGAAAACAGCUGACAUGGAUGUGGGCCAGAUAGGCUUUCACAGGCAGAAGGAUGUAAAGAUUGUGACAGUGGAGAAGAAAGUGAAUGAAAUCUUAAACCGAUUAGAAAAGACCAAACUGGAGAAGUUUCCAGACCUAGCAGCAGAGAAAGAAAGCAGAGACCGUGAAGAGAGGAAUGAGAAGAAAGCCCAGAUUCAGGAAAUGAAAAGGAAAGAGAAAGAAGAAAUGAAGAAGAAAAGGGAAAUGGAUGAACUUAGGAGCUACUCAUCGCUAAUGAAAGUUGAGAAUAUGUCCUCCAAUCAGGAUGGUAAUGAUUCCGAUGAGUUCAUGUGAGAUAAGCAAAGGACCCUGGGAAGACAUGAAUGUGGAGACCAUUACAGAGCUUUUGAUUUCAUCUAGGUUCUGAAUUACAGAAACCAACCAACCAAAAUUCUACCUUCAUUCUACAUAGACAUACAUCAUUGGGUUUUGGAGUUUUUAAAAAAAAAAAAAAGUCAUCAUUUUGCUGAUGAAAAGAACAGUUGUAUAAUAUAGUUGAACUUGAAGAAAACUUCUAAGUUUAGGAAAAGGAGAAUAUUUUUGUCAGAACAUUCGUCAGUACCUCAUGAAGGCUGGCUGCCUUUGUUUUUGAGAUAGACAUUGGAGUAGACCAACUCUGGAAAGUG